AUGCCAGAAGAAGACGUUGUUCUUGGCUUACAGGAGAAUGAAAAUGCUAUUCGAAAGACAUUUAAUCCAGCCAAACCCUUGGAUUUUAAUGUUAAUUUACCGGCAUAUCGAGAGAAUACUAAUGGCCUCGCAGAAUUGCCAUUGAUUCUGAGAGGUAAGUUGCCCGAAGGGUCAAGUUUCAGUGAUAUAAGCGAGUCGGAUGGGCUGACGGAUACGGAGAACGACAGUGAAAAGGAGAAUCGACAGAUCAAUAGUGAGGAUACUUCUAGUUUGGAGCCUCCAAAGGUAGACCGCACAAUGACUCCUUGGAGGCAGAAGUCGCCCCCUUUAUCUACUGUAAGAGCGGGAAAAUGCACUUCAUUUACAACUGCGCCAUUGCCAAGCCUGCCUUAUGAUUAUUCUUCCCCGAAGAAACCAUUGAGCCCAGGUUUAUUCAGUAAUAGUGAGGCAGCUAGUUCUAGCAGUACUGCCGUAUCUACAGGUGUUGAGCUUGAAAACCUAAGGAGACAGUUGAUGACUUAUAAAAUUAAGGUAAAGGCUUUGACCGAGCUAAUAAAGCAGUCGAAUUACGACUAUUGCGAUUAUCAUAACUCAGACGGAUUGCCUAGUAAGCACAUUUACGAUAAAUUACUAGAUGUUCUUCGAGAAGGUGAUACAUCUAAGAUUGAAGAACUGAAGAGUGCCAAUACAGAGUUGGAAGAAGCGCUAGAUGAUAAAAAUAGGCAGCUUAUUAAGCUGAAGGAAGAUCUGAUCUCUAACAAACAGGAUUAUGAAAAUAUGUUGGAAGAGGUAAACACCUAUAUGGAGCAUACUGAAUCAGUCACCGAAAGCCUUAAUUCAAUGUCAAAUCUUUUAUUAAACAAAUUGGACUUAGCUGAUCAUGAGAGGGACGCAUUGAAAAAGGCGUGCGAACUAGGCCCUAAUUACUUGGAUAUUAAAAUAAACGCUUUGUCGAAAACACUGUCGAUUUUGGUGGAAACAUAUGUUUCUACUAAGGAUAGUAUUCUGAAGCAAGACACUCAGGCCGCAAAUCAACCUGAAAUAACAUCGACAGAAACUGAUGAUAGCUCAAAUAACGUUUCUCGCAAUUCACAAGUCCAUCCUGAAGUAAGUUCAGAUAUGGACUCACAAUUAGAGGUUGCAAUCGAAAAUAUGCAUCAGGAAUAUCACUCUUUUCUAAAAUCUAUCCAGGAAAAAAUGGUCAAUAAUGACAAUCUGGGUAAUGUAAUCGGGUCGAAAUUAAGCAAGCAGAUGUCUUUGUUAAAAACACUUGCUCAAAGUGUUGAGAGAAUAAGCACUCCCAGAGUUCCAGCAUCUGCUCCUGCGGGAGAUGCUUACAUUUCCAACUUAGAUGACCUGGCCUACAAAGCUAGCCGUGAUUUAUCAAAAUCUUAUCAAGAUCAUAUCGAGGCCUUGAAAAGCAUCAUUGACAGAUACAAAUCCGAACUAAACGAUAAAGAUGAGAAGCUAGAAGAACUGAAAAGUUGUAUGAAACAGGAAAGCAGUGGUAGCCUGAAUGAAGAUUUAGAAUUCCAGUUAAGGGGGCAACUCGUAAAGACAAAAGAGCAGUGCUCUCAACUUGAACAUCAGAUCUCUGAGUUGAAAGCAGAGUUGAAGAUUGCAGAUGAGGAAAAGCUAUCGCAAAAGCAACAAAUUUCACAAGUUACCAACAGAUUAAAGUAUGAUUUGGAUUCUAAGGAAUGUGAGCUGCAGUCUUUACAGAAAUCUUUAAAGAUGGCAGUAAGAAAAUCGGCGGUUUAUUUGGAUGAAAAUCACAUGUUGCAACAGAAGAUAUGCGAGUUGGAAGAACAACACGGAACAUUGAUAAAAGAUAAUUACAGAUUGGCUCAACAGGCUUCUGCUAUUACAAAGGAUUUCGACUCUAUAGGUGAGUUUGAGGGUGCGUAUAGCAGCCUCAAAACACAUCUGGUAGUUCACCUGAGAAAAAUGUUCAAAAUUUUUGAGAAUAUCUUGCAACAAGAUUCUGUUAACCAGGCAGUAAAGAAAUUAGACAACAUUAAUAGAUUACAAAGUUUAAACAAUUGUCGGAAAGCCCAGCUGAAAUUGGAGUCUAUCUACACAUUCAUUGAGAAUGCAACAGGAUCCAUUGUUGAUGAGCAUGUGAAGCUUCUGCUGAAGGAAAAAGAUAGAAGAAUCAAACGACUGUCACAGCAAUCACAAGGCUCCGAAGAAUCUGAAAUUCAUGAUCAACACGCUAAACUCAGAAUAGAGGAAUUGACAAGAAAGUGGAUAGCUGAAAGGGAACGUAGAAAGCUCGAAUCAGAUGCUGCUAUCGACAGGAUCAGUCUCCUGGAAGAGGAAAAUGCCCUACUUCGUGAAAAGCUGCGAACGGUCAAGAGCGAUAGGGCUUAA